GCACAGGACCGCGACCGCGCCGCCGCCGUGGUGCCCUCCGCGUGCACGUCGACGCACGCGUGACCGGCCGCGAGUGUGUGAAGGUGUGUUAUCAGUGCGGUGUACGACGUGUGUUGGGUUGCCAGUGUGGUGGCCGGAACGAAGCGAACGGAACGAACGCCGAUACGGAUAUCCCGGGAGCCUUCGGCGCCCCGGCCGCCUCCGCCUCCGCCACAGCCUUGGCGGACUCUGACUCGGAGCCGCGCAGGACGUCCAGGCCGUCCAGGCGGCGGUUCGACAUGAGGCUCUCCAUGAGGCUGGCCGAGGGCCCCGCCAUGAGACGAUGAGCACGGCGUCGUCCUUGGCCAGCUCGGGCGUCACCUCCAGCUCGGGCACGGCCUCCGGCACGGGGUCCGGCACGGGGUCCGGCUGCCGGGUGGACGUCGGCGCCGACCCGCGGACAUGGCCGCGGCGGCAGCGCACCUACCGGCCGCCGGCCCCGGACACCAUCGUGUGCUCCGACGACGAGGACCUCGACCUGCCGCCCGCGAGGGGCUUCGUCAGGGGGUCCGACCCGAGGGUGGCCACGUGUCGCGGUAAGCUCCAGAACAAGCGGUCCAGACUCAACCAAGAGAUCAACAAGGAGCUGAGGCUACGGGCCGGGGCCGAGAACCUCUUCAAGGCGACGACCAACCGCAAGCUGAGGGAGACGGUGGCGCUGGAGCUCAGCUUCGUCAACUCGAACCUGCAGCUGCUCAAGGAACAACUGGCAGAGCUCAACAGUUCCGUGGAGCUGUACCAGAAUGAGAGCGCCGAGCCCAACACACCUAUGAUCCCGCUGGGCCUGAAGGAGACCAAGGAGAUCGACUUCAGAGAGCCUUUCAAGGACUUCAUACUGGAACACUACAGCGAGGAUGGCGGUAGAUACGAGAAUGCAAUCUCCGAGUUCAUGGACAUCAGACAGGCGAUGCGGACGCCCUUGCGGGACAAGUCCGGGGUGGCCCUGCUCUUCCAGUACUACAGCCAGCUGUACUUCGUGGAAAGGCGCUUCUUCCCCCCGGACCGCAGCCUGGGCAUAUACUUCGAAUGGUACGACUCCCUGACGGGCGUGCCGAGCUGCCAGCGCACAGUGGCGUUCGAGAAGGCGUGCGUGCUGUUCAACAUCGGGGCCUUGUACACGCAGCUGGGCGCGCGGCAGGACCGGCAGACGGCGCGCGGCCUGGACCAGGCCGUGGACGCCUUCCUGCGCGCCGCCGGCACCUUCACCUACAUCUGCGACAACUUCACCAACGCGCCCUCCAUGGACCUGGGCCCGCACAUGCUGCAGAUGCUGGUGCAGCUCAUGCUGGCCCAGGCGCGGGAGUGCCUGUUCGAGAAGCUGGACCUGCAGUCGCGGGACCCCUGCGAGGACGACGCCAGCGACACCAGGGACAUGGACGUGUGCCUGGACUUGGCCCAAGAGUCGGCGCAGGUCGCCGACGUGUACGGCCUGGUGCACGACCUCAUCUCGGCGUCCACCGUCAAGGACUACGUGCCCUUCUCGUGGGUGGCGCUGGCCCGCCUCAAGCGGGAGUACUACACGUCGCUGGCGCACUUCCACUGCGCCAGCGGCCUUUUGGCGCGGCCGCUGGCGCACCUGGACGACAGGACGAAGGAGGCCCUGCAGUUCAUGCACGCUGAGCCCGACGUGCGGACGCAGCUGGACAUCCGGGUGCCGCAGGACGACGGCGAGAGGAAGCUGCUGGGCCGCGCGCACCUCCGCGCCGCCCUGCUGAGCGUGGAGGAGAGCCAGCGGCAGCAGCGCAUGUGCCGCGAGCUGCGCGACAAGCUGGCCCUGCAGGCCGUGCUGCGCCGCACCCACGACCGCGCCAUGGACUCGUACGCCGCGCACGAGGACGAGGAGGAGUUCAGGGAGCUGCUGGACCCGCCGAGAAUACUGGCGUCGACUAAGUUCCAGCUCAGCCUGACGUCACCGGACUUCUCCCAGUUCCGAGUGGAGGACCCUUUCCGCAGCCUUGGCCCCGUGGCCAUCUUCUCAGCGCGCCACCACUGGACGGCGCCGAGGCAGGUGACGCUGCAGCGCGCCGACGACGAGGGCUUCGGCUUCAGCGUCCGCGGCGACGCGCCCGUCAUUGUGGCCGCCGUGGACAACGGCUCCCUCGCUGAUUUUGGUGGCAUGAAGGAAGGCGACUUCAUCGUGUCGAUCGGCGACAAGGACGUCAAGUGGGCGGCCCACGAGCAGGUCGUCAAACUCAUCAAGGAAGCAGGGGACUCCCUCACUCUCAAGCUAGUCACUCCCAUGGACCGCAACUAUCUAAAAGCGGCUAAUAAAAAUAGCAACAAAAAUUCUGGUUCAGUCUCUGCAGGCAGCUCAAGUGGGGAGCCAAGUCCAGCUUGUUCAGUUGCUGGCAGCACCACUAAGAAACUCACCUGGAACCCAUUCCGAAAACAGCGGGAGAGGGAUACUAGCUUUGAGGCCAGUAAUGUUAUUUUAAGAUAGCCAAGCUGUGAUUUUCUACGAGCUUAAUCGGAGGUUUUUCUUCAAAGCGUAGUGCAAGUAGUUGAACGGAAUUCCCCGACAGUGACAGUAAAUUCCAGACACAUGGUGUUGUGAUUUUGUAAUAAAUUUUACUGUAGUCCCUGAUGGCUCAUGCUCAUUGUACAAUCCAUGAUAAUUUUAAAUUUAGGUAAAGUGAUCAUUAGACAUCAUCCAGGCUAUCUCAGUACCUUAUUCCUUGUAAAUCAACUGUAAAUAUGUGCUAAAUGUUGGAGCGUGUACAUUUCUGAGUUAUCUGUCAUCUCAUCAGAAUAGAUUUUCUGCUUGAAAUGCCAGCAUGUAUAUAAUGCAAGAGUUUUUAAAUUAAAGACCAUGAAAAAUGCUAUUGUCCAUCCAGGCAGAAGUUUUGGGUUUAUUUUAGAGAUGAAAUCACUAUUUAAACAAUUUUCAAACAGAGUUCGUAAUUGUACAAAGCAAUUAAUCAGUUGUACAAUUUGUGUAUAUGAAAUAACUAUGUGUUGUUACCUUUGUUUUAAAGUGAUAGAUUUAUUGUACUAUUUUAAAUUAACUUUGAGUUAAUUUGGACUUAAAAACCUCUACAUUGUUUCACCAAUGUAGUUCUCUUAUUCCGGCUUUCAUUCUUAUUGGAAUUCAUCUCCGCUCUGCUUUAUCCAGUGUCAUCAUUGUUCUUUCUACGAAAAUAAAGAUUGAAAAGAG